AUGGCAACUGAGCUGGAAAAGGCUUUCCACAGAUAUGCUGUGUAUGGAGACACAGCUGCCACUGGAACCGACAUGACGGGCAAGAACUUCUCCAAGAUGUUGAAGGAGUGUGGUGUGAUGGAUGGGAAGCUCGUAACCAGCACUGAUGUGGACAUCCUCUUCAAUAAAGUCAAGAGCAAGGGUGCCCGCAACAUCACAUUCCCAGAGUUCCAGGAAGCCCUGAAGGAGCUGAGCAUGAAACGCUUCAAAGGAAAGUCACCAGAUGAUGCUUUGGCAGCCACACACCAGCUGCUGGAAGGCAAAGAGCCGGCCAACGCGGGGGUAACGAAAACUGUCGCGGCUGGUGCAGUGGACCGGCUGACAGACACCAGCAAAUACACAGGCUCCCACAAGGAACGUUUUGACGAAAGCGGCAAGGGCAAGGGCAUCGCAGGACGUGCUGACCUGGUCAGUAACAGCGGCUAUGUGGGUAACUACAAGGGAGCUGGGACCUACGACAAGUCCCACUAGAUGUGGGGCACAGCCUUCU